AUGACGACUCCAGCUUUAUCUUCCUUCAGCAGGCACAAGCAAGAAUGCAUCCGCGAGCAGCUGGUGAAGCUGAUUCAGGGCAUGCUGCAGGGCAGCGCCAGUGCCGAAAACGAGGAGACUUUGAUUUGGUGCAUGGAGCGCUUGAACCAGCACCGUUUCCUGGAUACCAACACUUCAGACGUAAAGCGCGAUGUUGCCGGCCUGCUCGAGAAACUCCAAGUACAUUCGCAAAUUGAAGCGGCCCAAUACUUGGAGGAGCAGUACAAGGCGCUGAUGCGAAGUCGCUUGAGCUGCAAAUACACAGUGGAGCCGCACUCCGCGGUGCUGCGCGCAAUGCUUUUGUUGGCGCGCCAGCCCACACUUGUGCCCCCACGGGUGGUGCGGUCCCUUCGCAGCAUCUACGAGGGCCGUAAGCAGCGGUGGAGCCAACAGCAGCGGCAGAUCAGCGAGCAGGCGGAGGACAGAAAGAUGCUGCUGGAGCUGGAGCUGCGCCAGGUUGCAGAAAAUGCCUGCGAGGACUGGGAGGAGGCAUGGGUUGUGGCUGACCUGGUGGAUGAUGGCUCCCCACAAAGCAUGGGCACUGGCUGUGGGUUGAGUCAGACUUCCGAAAGCGUGGCUACAGCUACAGAGGGUGAUGACGUGUCUGAUGAAGACAACAAUAUCCCGCCCGAUGCUCAUCUUGGUCACAUCUUUCCAAAGGGGCUCUUGCCUCGGCAGCCGUGGCAGCUUGCCCUGGAGGCGCAUGCAGUGUCCAUCGCAGAAGACGCGUUGCUCCGCAUGGUGCUGCAAAUGCUCGGCGGAUCCUACGGGGACUUGGUGUUUUUGGACCCCAGCGGAUCUCUGACAUGGCGCAACGUGCAGCUGCCAGGCGUGAGCGCCGAGGCGACGGGUGCGCUGCUGCAGAGGCUGGCAGACCUGGGCUCGCUGCUGCGGCGCCUCCGCGCCGUGGUGGCCUUGAUCGAGGCCUUGGCGCCGCCAUUUGCUUCCAGCGGUUUGCUUCAGGCACUCGGCCAGGGCUUGAGGGAUGGAUCGCUGGCGACCGUUUCGGGACUUGUACAGCUGGCCGAAAUGGAAGAGUCCGGACUGGUAGAGCAGCCGAACAAUGUGACCGACGUGCAUGCUUUUGGCUUGUGCUGGCAAAGCGUUGGUCUGACUCUGUCGGAGUUCCUCGCUGAGUUCGCCAAGAUGCUGCAGAAGAUUGAAACCAGGCAGACGCAGAUGACGUUGAUGAAAGCGCUGGGGGCCCUGGAGCCGUGGCUCCGCGCAGGCGCCGCCCUUGAGCAGAUCUUAGACAACAUCUUGGCGUCCGCCUGUAAGCGCAGCAGCCUGCGCUCCUCGUCCUUGCCUGCGGCAGUGACUGAGGAGCUGUUGCGUGGAGUGAGCAUGGUCGCCCGCAGCCAGAACUUAUGCGCCAGCUGCACAACCAAAGCUGCAGCUGAGCCGUCCUGGGUCCUGCAGGACUUGUGGUGUGGAGCUGCACGGCCGUUGCUGAGAGUGGCUGAGCAGUGGGGCACACUGGGGGAGCUCCACGAUCCCUGCAGCGAGUUCAGCAACGAGCUACAGGUCCUUCCGGUGCUUCCACGCUCAGUAGCAGCGGGCCGGCACGUACGCGACCUCCGUGAUUGGGCACAGGUGACGCAAACGGGCCUAACGCGCAGUCCAGCAGAGGAGCUUGCCAGCUUGCGCAGCUUGUCUGGAGCGCCGAGCGCGAGUUCGACUGGGCAGCAAUCGCAGGAACGGUUCGUGCCAUUCGAGGCUGCGCUUCACGAGCGAAUCCUUGGCCCACUCCACCGCAUGACGGAGUCUGCUGCAAGGCCACUGCUGAUGCGGGUUUUGCAGGAUCAGAAUGGAUUGCUUCACCAUUUGGCAGCCAUCCGCCUGGUGGCAUUCCUGGAGCGUGAAAGCGCUGUUGGCUCACUGGUGAGCAGGCUCUGCGAACAGUUGCCAGUUGUCCAGCGUGGUGUUGAUGCAUCGCUCAUGGACAUCUCAGCUGCACUGGAAGAGGGCCUUGAGCGGACCCGCCGAGCCGGAUCUUGGCCCAGAACGAGGCACAGCGCCGCGCCCGCCGCGCCCGCCGCGGUUGCAGAGCUUUGCCUGAAGCAUCUGUCGUUACGAUUCACCGUGGGCUCUCGGGAUUGCUUCGCCUUGGAUCGUCUGCAACUGGUCUACGUGGCGCCACCGCCGCUGGACCAAAUCAUUGACACGUCAGCUGUGGGAAGCUACUCGGCUGUUUGGGUCCUGCUGCUGCGCCUGCGUGCAGCCCAAGCUGCUCUCUCGGAGGUCCAUGGGCUGCCACUCUUCGGCUUUGGCAACAGGUCCGCCCGGCAGGUGCCCUCGCUGGCACCGCUGGCGCACCUUUGCGAUCUUCUCCGCUUAGAGCUGGGGCACUUCCUGUCCUGCCUCGAGCACUACGUGCGGGUUGAUGUUUUGCAAAAGGAGUCUUUGGCCCUGGAGCGCGGUAUCCGGAGUCUGGUGAGCGAGGCUUUUGACGGCAUCACUGGCAGUCGCCGUGGCUUUGCGAAAGUCUUCCAGGAAUCGCUGAGUUCGGCAGACAUCUUGCAGGGAGCGCAGAGGUUGCACCGCCAGUUCUUGGAGAACAUUCUUCAGGCUUGUUUGCUGGCCCCGGAAUUGAGCACCAUCCUUGCGGACCUUCAUCGGCUGCUGGCUAUGGCAGUGCAGCUGAAGGAUGCUUUGGAGCAGCUGCUGCGUCGACUUCCAGGCUUUCUGGCGAGGCCAAAGCGGGAGGUCGCCGAUUUGGCAGUGGAGGUACUGUGCACAGGGAUGAAUGCCGCUGACAAAGCUUCAGCAGAGGGUUUACAACCCAACGCCCAAGUUGCGGCAGCCGCAGACGCCGCUGCUGGUGCUGCAGUGUUGGCCAAGAUGACAAUGGAAGAGCAGCUGGCCUUGGCCUCAGCCGCAGCCGCCAAGACUGCCGCGGGCCGCGGCAUCUCCCGUGAUGAUGCGGCAGACAUUGCUGCCGCCUGCUCGGAGAGGCUCACCCAGAGCUAUGGCUUGGAGUACCAGGCGCGGGCUGCGGAUCUGAGUGCCGUGGUGGCCGGUAGCCUGGUCUCGGCGGAAGCCGGGGAGGGCCCCGUGGCAGCUGCACUGGAGGCGGCGGAGGCCAUGCGGAUGGCGGGCAGCCUGCCACGGGAGCAGCUGAUGGCCGCGGCCGACGCGGGCGCGGACGCCGCGGAACCCGCGGAACCCGCGGAUGCCGCGUCGACGGAGUUGCGGCUGGUGGCGGCAGCGGUGGGCCUGGGCCGAGCAGCGGAUGUGGCAGGGGUCCCUUUGGCACAAGCCUUGGAUGUGGCCGCGGACUUUGCGGCGCAAGCUCUGAAGAAGGAGGUGGAGGAGGAGGUUCUGGCCAGGCUUGCUGCCGUUACACGCGCGUCCAUGGCGCUGAAGGCGAAGGAGCCUUUGGAGAUGCAGCCUGAGCCGAGCCAGGUCAGGGAGGGCAUGCCCAGUGGCGAAAGUCAACUACGGGCAGCUCUGGAGGUGCCGUACUGGCCGCAUGAUGCAUCGGCAAUGGCGGUCGUGGUUGUAGGAGGUGGCAUCGUAGGAGUGACAGCCGCCUUUUAUUUGCUGAAACGGGGCAAGAAAGUGACGCUGGUUGAGAAGUGUGACAUUGCCUGCCACUCCUCGGGGAAGGCUGGCGGGUUUUUGACGGAUGGCGACUCUGGGUGGCACAGCGGCUCCAUUGGCCGCUUGGCCAAGCGGUCCUUUGCGCUCCACGAGGAGCUUGCGAAGGAGCUGGGCGCUGAGCGCAUUGGAUACCGACGGGUGAAGUGCCUGGGCCGUGGGAGACAGGGGACGGUGCAGCCUGCGUGGCUACACAGCGAUUACCAGAAGGACAUGGGCAAUGAGAGCGGUUUGGCUCAAGUAACACCCUACAAACUCAUGGAUGCUUUGAAGGAGGUCAUCACAAAGCAGGGCUGCGAAAUCAUCAUAGGGAAGGCCGUCGGCGUCGAAAUUGAGAAGGACACUGUCAAGGCGCUGAAAGUGCUUCAAAAUGGGCGAGAAACCACGCUCCCCUGUGCUGCUGUGAUUCUUGGCAUGGGCGUGUGGGCAAGCGAAGUCGGGGCGUGGUUCCCUGACAGCACAUUACCUCGAAGAACUGUCUCAAGUCGCUAUACAAGCGUUAUUUGGGAUGAUAUAGAAGUAGGAAAGGAUGCAACAAUGAUUUUCACCAUGGGGGACGAGCAUACGGAGAUCUAUCCGCGAACCAACGAGUGCUACGCGAACGGCUGCCCAUGCAAUACAGAUGUGCCGGACAAUCCCUUGGACAUACAACCUCCAAGUGAGGAAAUUGAGAAGGUGAAAGCAGAAAGCAUUGCGGCUGUGCCACGUCUGAAAGAUGCAAAGGUUAUUCGGUCCACCGCAUGCUUCUUGGCUGGCUCUGAUGAUAAUCGUCCCGUCGUUGGGCGGGUGCCCAAGACUGCGAAUGCCGUCGUAGCAUGCGGUGGUGGCUGCUGGGGCAUCCUGAACGGCCCCGCGAUGGGCGAAGCAGCUGCUGCCUUGGCGUGCUGGGAGGAGCCAGCGCUGGACAUCAACGCCUUUGACCCCAUGCGCUUCGAUAGCUCCUACGUACCGGCCUUUCAGCGGGGCUUGCCGCCGAAGCUCCUGGCGUUGGUGGCUCAAAAUCCAGAUCUGGCGGAAGCCUUUCAGCAGAACCCGGAAGGGAUUAUGGAAUUGCUGGCUCGCAUGCAAGACUGAGUCGCCCUUCUUGAGGGAAGCUCGGAUGGCCAAAGCCUUGCCCUUCGACUGCUCGAGUACAAGGGCGCCAAAGAGCGGAGCCCUGCAAGAGUCAGUGCAGAC